AUGAGCCACCACCCGCAGAGAAACAGGAAUCUACCCCAAGCUUCCAAGCUAGGGAUCCUGCACCUGCCGAGCAGGUUGAGGUCAAGCAAGAAAUGCCACCUGCCAAGGAAUCUACCCCAAGCUUCCAAGCUAGGGAUCCUGCACCUGCCGAGCAGGUUGAGGUCAAGCAAGAAAUGCCACCUGCCAAGGAAACGGGCAUGUUGUCGCUUUUUCAGGUGGGAGGAGCUGCUCACCGAGCAGCAGGAGCGCUAUUACCACGAGGUGGCCACAGGUCGAAGCCAAUGGGACUUGCCCAGCGAAGGUUGGGUGGCACUCCUGGAUGACGACGGUGCGAAACCCCAAGGAGCACGGCACUGGGAAGGAGGAACCGCACGCUUUGACACCCAAGAUGCUUUGGGUGGGGAUGAUAUGACCUGUGAAGAUGGGGCCUGGCGCUGCGAAGUGGAGCACGUCUUCGCCUCGACGCUGGACGACCAGUCGUCCGAGCAGGUCGAGCGGGUCGAGGGGCUCCUGGAGGCCAAAGUGGAACGACAAAGUUGCUUGGAGCUGCUUCAGUCCAUUGGUGGGUCCUUGGAGGAGGCGGAGGCCUUCAUGGAGGAGUAUGGCGAGUCUCAGAUCAGCGUCAAGGAUUUCUUGGAUCUUUUCUUCGAGCCGGAGGCAGUGCCUGACAGCGAUGGAGAGGAGGUCAUCGAGAAGUCCGAGUGGAUGCAAAAAGCGAAUGAGAACGGCCUGGCGUUGCAGUUUGCCUCCAAGGAGCUUCAGAAUGACAAGGAGGUGAUGCUGGCAGCCGUGCAGCAAAAGGGUUUGGCCUUAGCCUUCGCCUCCGAGGAACUGCAAAGCGAUAAGGACAUCGUACUGGCUGCGGCACGGCAAGACUGCAACGCGGUCCUUUUUGCUUCGGAGGAGCUUCAGAACGACAAGGACGUCGUGUUGACUGCUGUACAACAAAACGGCUACGCGCUGCGGUUUGCUCCUUUGAAGUUGAAGAACGACGAGGACAUCGUCUUAGCUGCUGUCCAGCAGAGGGGCCUUGCCUUGAAGUUUGCAUCUGAAGAUCUUAAACAAAACAAGGCGGCCGUGUUGGCUGCAGUGCAACAGGCAGGAUUUGCUGUACAAUUUGCCUCCAGGGAGCUUCAGAACAACAAGGAGGUGAUGCUGGCUGCAGUACAGCAGAACGGAUGUGCCUUACAGUUCGGAUAUGAUUUGAAGAAGGACAAACAUGUGGUCCUUGCAGCGGUCUUGCAAGAUGGCCAUGCUUGGCACUUCGCAUCGGAGGAGCUCCGACAGGACCGAGACAUUCUGCAGGCCACCAGCAUCGAGUGA